AACCCCUCUCUCUCUAAUAUCUAUCUCUCCUCUCUUUCCCAUGAGACAAAUGCAGGUGCCUCCAUGGCUGGAGAGACUGCUAAGAACAGAAUUCUUCAACCUUUGCCGCACCCACGGCGAGGGCAGCCGGAGCGAAUGCAAUAUGUAUUGCUUAGAUUGCAAUGCCGGCGCCUUCUGCUUCUACUGCCGAUCAUCUAAGCACAGAGAUCAUCAUGUAAUUCAGAUAAGGAGAUCGUCGUAUCACGAUGUGGUACGAGUGUCGGAGAUUGAGAAGGUUGUAGACAUAAGUGGGGUGCAGACAUAUGUAAUAAACAGCGCAAGGGUUUUGUUUCUCAACCAGAGGCCUUUGCCAAGAGGCGUCAAAGCUGUCUCUCAUCUCUGUCAAAUUUGUAGGAGGAGUCUUUUGGAUAGCUUUCGUUUCUGUUCUCUCGCUUGCAAGCUUGUAGGAAUAAAGAGGAAUGGGGAUGCAAGCCUUUGGUUAGGUGCAAAUAAUGAGGUAGUUUUGGAGAAGGAUGGGGAGAUUUCAAUGGAAGAGAAAGAAUUGUGUGAAGGAUCACAACAAGAAAUCUACUUAACCACGCCCCCACCUCAUCUUCGUCAUCAUCAUCAUUCAAGAAGAAGAAAAGGCAUCCCACAUAGAGCACCGUUUGGCUCUUGAUAAAUUAAUUAUUUCCUUUUUUAUUUCACCUUCAUCUUCGUUUCAAUUUCUACUCCUAGACUAGCUACUUUCUAAAGCCCAUAACUCCGACAUUAUUUGUCCCCACGAAAAACAAAUUAAUUAUAGCAUUUUCAUUUGAUUUUUUUUAAUGUAA